UAUGAUACGCGCCCACUUAGGACUGGACUGCCAGACCCCGGCUGCCCCAUUGCUCCUCCGCUCGCACUACCUGCCCCAGGUGUCGUGCCCGUCACAGGCAGCAGUCAGCCGAGCCCCCAGCCUGCCAAAGCUGGGAGGCCAGGUGGGGUCAGGAACCUCAGGCCCAGGAUGUUGUCAACACUGCUGCCUCUCCUGCUCCUGCCUGGCUGGUCCCUUGGUAGCGGAGAAGCCUCAGAUGGUCCGAGGAACCUCCACAUGAUCCAGAUCUCCUACUUCCGCAACCCCCAGCAAGUGUGGUACCAGGGCAACGCGUCGCUGGGGGGGCUUCUGACACACGUGCUGGAAGGCGUGAGCACCAAUGUCACGAUCCUCCAGCUGCAGCCCCUGGAGGACCCCGAAAGCUGGGCGCUCACACUGGACCGCCUGAAGGUCUACCUGCACCAGUUCCAGGGCCUCGUGGAUCUGGUGCACCGUGAGCGGCGCGUGGCCUUUCCUCUGACCAUUCGCUGCUUCCUGGGCUGUGAGCUGCCUCCUGAGGGCUCUGGAGCCCAUGUCUUCUUUGAAGUGGCUGUGAAUGGGACCUCCUUUUUGAGUUUCCAGCCAAAGACAGCCUCAUGGGUAGCAGGGACCCAAACACCCUCCGAAACGGUCACUUACACCCUGCAGCAGCUGAACACCUAUAAUCGUACUCGGUACGAAAUGCUGGAAUUCCUGCAGGGCACUUGUGUGCAGUAUGUGCAGGAACACAUCACCAUGAAAAACUUGAAAGGGAGCCAAACAGGCCGCUCCUACACUUCGCUGGUCCUGGGAGUCCUGGUGGGCAGUUUCAUCAUCGCCGGUGUGGCUGUAGGCAUCUUCCUGUGCACAGGUGGACGGCGGUGUUAAUUACUCUUCAGCCCCUUCUGAAAAAGGGCUGCACUGAUGGGGUCUGGCAAGGGAUGAUCUCAGCUCCCUGCAAAACCAGGUUCCCCUUCUGAGACAUUAUAUCCCAGAAGGUUUGGAAUAGCAUCUCCUUUCUUCUCCCUCAUCUUCCCACCAAGAGUUUGGGGGAGAGAAGGGGAGGGAGGGUAGGUGGACAGAGUAUCUGAUUUGCUAAGAACCUAAGAACUUUCAUGCUUUGCUGAACUGGUCUAAGUGAAUACUUAUCUAUCUUUGUGGAAAACAGAGGCAGCGGGGGUGGGUGUCUAUGGCCUAUCCUCCAAAGACAGGCAGAAUCACCUAAGGUAUUCAAAACACAUAACCAAAUAAAACAAGUCAUCCACAGCCAGAAUAAACAAUAUGCAAUGCUUCUAGGUGUGUUAGAUUUGGAAAGGGAUACUGGUACAAUAGAAGUAGAAAGAAAUAAACAGAGAAAUGGUGGAAGUGUAAAAUCCAAGCAAUAUGGGAGCAAGGAGUUAUUAAUACUAUUAAUACAUUCCUUACUUAUAUAAAGGCAUUAUUAUUUCCUCUACAUUGCAAAACUUCUGGAAAAGUAGCCUAUCCCCUUUGCUUCUACUUCCUCAUCUCCCACUUUUCCACCCACUGCAGUCUGACUUCUCUAUAAACUAGCCUAAGAUAAUCAAUCACAUCUAAUUGUAAAACCUUCAUCCUCCCUAAUGUCUGCAACAUUUCACUGUGGACUAGGACUCUCUUUUUACCCUAACUUCUGAGAUACCAUAUCUAAAGUUUAGACCUGUUUGGGCCACUCAGUUGAUCCCUUUGCCUGUGUCAAUGCUCCUGCCUUGCAUUCACAGUUUGCUUUACUCAGUUCACCUUGGAAAUGUUCGCUUCCUUAGAAUUCCUUUUUUUUUUUGGUUCCUUUUUUAUCCCUUUUGGGUGCCCGGCUAACUUCCAUGGCUUCAAACACCAUCUAUCGUUGUGGUUUAUACAGGGAAUGGGGAAGCAAUAUAAUCUUGUCUUGAAGAGCGUGUGUUUGUCUUCAGACUCGAGUUUUCUUUGAAGCCAGGCAUUCAACUUCAAGUCUCAGUUUCUUCACAAACAAAAGGUAUAAUAAAAUGUACAAAAAGGGUAUAAUAAAAACAAUACCUACCUCAUAGAGGCAUUGUAUUAAAUAAGAUAAUACAUAUAUAUAUAUACUCAAUAAACAUAGCACUUGCUGCUGACCUCCAGACCCCCCACCUUUGCAUUGAUUCUUCAUAAACAUCUCUACUUAAUAUUUUGCAGACAUUUCAGAGUCAACCUUAUCUUCUCCUCAAACCUGUUCUCCUCUGUUUAUUAUCAGUUAAACAAAAUUACCAUCAAAUCAUAUUAGUGUAGAGACCUCAGUGUUAAGCUUUAUUUACUUCUUCAUUCCCACCUACAAAAUAUGAUUUCUAUAGAAUCUGUUCCCUCCUUUCCACUCCAUUGAUUUAAUUCAAGAUAUUAUAACUCAUCUCUUUCUGUGCCACCCAGUUAUACAUUCAAGGAGAGACUUGCUGUUCAGCGACAGGGGUAAGAGCCAGCAGAUAACCUCUAACUGCUUUAGUUCCUUCAGAGUCUGCCUUACCUACAGAGAACAGUCCUGCACAAGGUCAUGCUCAUCCUGGGGCUGUCCUCACCCUGGUGACUGAGCAAAGCAGGCGUAUAAAGGUUCCGCCAUUCUGGCCUACUCCAGGACAAUCUGACGAGCAGUGUUCACUCCAGAGCUCCUGCCAGGUUGGCUGGGUCCUUGUCAGAUCUACAUUGCAGUUUAAACUUUUCCCUCUGUUCACUCCUGAUUCUUCCUCUUAGUUAAUAUCUUGCACCUCAAACUCUGUCUCAGCAUCUACUUCCAGAAAAAACCCAACCUGUGACUGACAAUCUUUCUCUCUCUCCAAACUGAGAAAUUUUCUCAGUCCUUUGUAUGGAACAUGGCAAUAACCUCUUUAUUGUUCUCCUGGUUUCUAAUUUCUCCGAAUUCUAAUUCAUCCUUUACAUGCCAAUAAAGACAGGGAUCUGAUGAUGGCAUUGUUUUGGGGUUUUUUUUUGGUUUUGUUUUUUUUUAAUGUCCCAUGCCUAUUGAGCUAAAUUCAGAAUCCUCAAAAUAAUAUUCAAGGUCUUGUACAAUCUGGCCCUAUCCUUCUUUUCAAAUUUUAUUUCCUACCACUUCUCACCCAACUGUGCUUUAGGUUAUUGACUUUAAAAGCAUAUUUUUAAGUGACAGAAGUAACAGAACAGUGGCAACACAGACGUUUACAGAGGGAAAGGUGAAAGACCCCUGCUUUCUCCUUCUUCCCAACCCUUUUCCCAAAGGUAAGCCAAGACUCUCAGUUGCAAGCAAUGGAAACCAACUCUGACAACUAAAGGGGGAAAUAAAUAUAUUGGAAAGUUAUCAAGUAAUCCUCAGAGUUGAUGGGAAGGCCAGCUUUUCAAGCUAACAGAAGCAGGGGUCACAGCCAAAGUGACGACACAGGAGUGGUCUAGUGAAAGGCAC